UUUGAGGUAAACACAAAGAAAUUUCGAGCACACUUUUGUUAAAAAUUUAAAUUAGGCUCGGAUAAGGAUGGCAGACAAAGCCCACAGUGACGAAGAAUUCCACGAUGCUCUCAGUGAGCCUACCACAGAGUCAGAGAGCAUAAAAUCAAGACAAACGCCAAGCGAAGAGGAGCUUGACGAGAUUGUUGAAAAGCACAGUUCGCUGCGGUUAGAUGAUGAUGCAGAUGGUGAUUCACAGGAGCAGGAAAAUGAGAAAGACACUAAUGAUGAUGUUGCUCCAAAGGCAGAUGAACCAGAUGCCGAACUGGACAUUGAACAGUUGCGUGAACUGGAGAAGGAACUUAGCCCUGAACAACUUGCCGCCAACAAAGAGAAGGCAGAUAAACUAAAACUCGAGGGCAAUGAAAUGUUUAAAAAUGAUGAUCCGCAGCGGGCAAUUGAAAUUUAUACAGAAGCUUUAAACAUCUGCCCUUCAGAUGGCAUUAAGGAGCGUGCCAUUCUUUUUGGCAAUAGAGCGGCGUCCAAAAUAAAGCUUGAGGCAUACAAAUCGGCAAUUGAUGAUUGCACAAAGGCCAUUGACUUGUGGCCAGAGUAUGUGAGAGCUUUAUUAAGGCGAGCCAAAUUGUACGAGAAGGAGGAUAAGCCAGACGAGGCACUGGCGGAUUAUAAACGUGUAUAUGAACUGGAUCCUGGCCAGCGUGAUGCACAAGAGGCUCAGAUUCGUCUUCCACCUAUAAUUAAUGAGCGGAACGAAAAAUUAAAAACCGAAAUGAUGUCUAGUCUGAAGGAUUUGGGCAAUAUGAUAUUGAAACCUUUCGGUUUAUCUACACAGAAUUUCCAAAUGCAACAGGAUCCCAGCACUGGUUCAUAUUCAAUUAAUUUUAAUCAAAAACCCAGCUAGCUUUAAACUUACGAAUAUUCUGUUAAUAAUGUGAAAGGGAAAUACAAGAAAUAUGAAAAUCCAUUUAACCGUUAACAAGGACACAAAUAAUAGAAAACAAGUCCUCCAGCA